GAAUUCACUACCUGGCUCUGUAAUAAGCAAGUUUGGGGGCCAACAGGAAUUCCAAAGAGAAUGAUGAUUCUGGGUACAGCUUUUGGUAUGGUUUUCUAUUUACUUCAAGCCGUUUCUGGAGAAAGUGGCUAUGCACAGAAUGGAGACUUUGAAGAUGCCGAGCUGGAUGAUUAUUCAUUCUCUUGCUACAGUCAGUUGGAAGUGGAUGGAACCCAACACCUGUUGACCUGCACUUUUGAUGACCCUGACAUCAACAGCACCAAUCUGGAAUUUGAAAUAUGUGGAGCUCUUUUGAAUGUAAAAUGUCUGACUUUUAAUAAACUGCAAGAGAUGUAUUUCAUCAAGACAAAGAAAUUCUUACUCAUUGGAGACAGUGAAAUAUAUGUGAAGCUUGAAGGAAAGAAUAUAACUUCCAAGAAAUUGAACAUAGUCCGGAUAGUUAAACCUGAGGCUCCUUUUGACAUAAGAGUCGUCUAUCGAGAGGGAGCGAAUGACUUUCUGGUGACAUUUAACACAUCUCACUUACAAAAGAAGUAUGUGAAAGAAUUAGUGCAUGAGGUAGCCUAUCGCCAAGAAAAAAAUGAAAAUGACUGGAUGUGUGUGAACUUAUCCAGUACAAAGCUGACACUCCUACAGAGAAAGCUACAACCUGAUGCAAUGUAUGAGAUUAAAGUCCGGUCCAUCCCUAACGCCAACUAUUUCCAAGGCUUCUGGAGUGAAUGGAGUCCAAGCUUCCACUUUAGAACUCCAGAGAUCACAGGGCGGAUGGAUCCUGUUUUACUAACUAUUAGCAUCCUGAGUUUCUUCUCUGUGGCUCUGAUGGUCAUAUUGGCCUUUGCAUUAUGGAAAAAAAGAAUUAAGCCUAUGGUGUGGCCCAGUCUUCCUGAUCAUAAGAAGACUCUGGAACAACUGUGUAAAAAACCAAAAAAGAAUUUGAAUGUGAGUUUCAAUCCUGAAAGUUUCCUGGACUGCCAGAUUCAUAAGGUGGAUGGCAUUCAAGCUAGAGAUGAAGCAGAAAGCUUUCUGCAAGACACUUCUCCACAGCUAGACGAGUCCGAAAAGCAGAGGCUUGGAGGGGGCUUGCAGGGCCCUACUUGGCCAUCUGAGCAUGCAGUCAUCACCCCAAAAGCUUUCAGAGGAGAUCCACCUUUUGGAUGCCUGGCCGGGAAUGUCACUAUGUGCGAGGCCCUUGCACUCCCCUCUUCCAGGUCCGCAGACUGCAGGGAAGGUGGCAAGAAUGGGCCCCAUGUGUACCAGGGUCUACUGCUUGGCCCUGGAACUACAAGUGGCACGGUGCCCACUCCAUUUCCUUUCCAAUCAGGAAUCCUGACACUGAACCCAGCUGCCCAGGGACAGCCUGUGCUCACUUCCCUGGGAUCAAGUCAGGAAGAAGCAUAUGUCACCAUGUCCAGCUUCUACCAAAACCAGUGAAUUGACAGAAGUGCAGGACUGGAACCAUGAUGACGGACAAAGAUGACAGGGCCCUUACCUACUCUCCUUUGCAGCACAAAGAAAAUGAAAUUAAUGCAAGCACUCCAUAUAAUCUAUAGGAUUCUCAAACAUAGCUUCGACCACUCCUCCCCAGCCCAGUGGCAUCUGGCUUGAGGCAGGAGCACUCUGCUUCAGACAACCCAAAUUAUUCCAUUAUUUCAGAAAGGAAAAAAAAAGCAGGAAGAGUGAAAGGGUGGAGGAGAGGAAAGUGGGGAACAGAAGGCAGGAAGGGGGCAAGGGAAGACAGAAGGAAGUAGAACAGGGAUGAUAGCUACCAUUAUUAGGACUCACCAAGUGUUCUAUGCUCUCUACAGCUUGUCUCUCUGCAUCCUCAUGGUAAUCCUGGGGCAUUGGCACAAUUGUUAUUAUUAUUAUUAUUCUCUCCACUAAUAGAUGAUGAAACUGACGCUUAGAGGUGUUAAGUAACUUGUCCAUUUUGCCCCCACUCAGCUUUGUUUGAUGGCCAGGAGUCUAACUGUGCCCCACCCGCCUGAUGCCACCAACUGAGCCAUGUGCCUUCAUCUUGACUAGGGACGGUCCCAUUCUCAAGUGCCAGACCUCACUAAUAACAAAUGAGAUGACAAAAAAAAAUGAGAUGACUAUAGAAUUUAUUGUCCACACUGGGCAGCUUUUGAAAAUGAAAAGGGAAGUUAUACAUACUCCAGGACAAGCAGCAUAAGCCAGGAGUGUCCCAGACACACAGAGAUAUGACCACCAAACUAAAAAGGCUAAGAGAAAGAAGGGGUCACACAGUGUGAAAACUACCAUGGCCAGCCACAUCUAUGAAAACUGAAGAAGGCAAGAAAAACUCACCAAUCCCAUUUGAUUUUGUUUUUCUGAAAAAGGAGAAGCCCAGAAUUUCUAGUUAGUUAUCAAGAGUAUGAUUCUCUUGCUACCACCACCCAGCUACAUCCAUCGAUAAUAGAAGAGACUAUUGUCAGCUCUGGACUCAGGUGCAUUUGAGCAAUGAGCCCAAAAUAACCUUUCUAUGUGUGUAGAGAUUGCCCCAACCCAAAUGUGUCUACAAACCGUCCUGAGUGUGAUGGCCAUGGAUGUGGCCACAAGCUUCAGGGAGAAGACCUACACGCACAUGAGUGAGCUGACUAUGGCCAUGUUCUUAAAGAUAAGGAAGAUUCGACAUGCAUCCUCUUGUAUUUCUUGGUCUAGGUGAACUCCUAGUGACUAUCUCAAACCAAGAACCAAGUCAAGAUAGCUGAGCAAUUGCAACCGGGGACAGUGCAGCCGAGGCCUCUACUGCAGACCCCCCGCCCCUGGGUACAUGCAGAACCACACAGAGCAGCCAAGGCACAGGAAGACAUGAAGGGCAUAGGUCCAGGGUUGGGUUUUGUUUUGUUCAGGAGUUUGUCGCUGUUGUUGUUGUUGUUGAUAUUUUGUAUCUUUUUGUUCUGUUUUUAGUUUGUUGGGGGGGGGCGAAGUGUUUUUAAUUUUCUUGUUUGUUUUGUUUUGUGAUAUCUGUGAAGGGGGUUUUAGAUUUUGUAGAACAGAUCUUAUCUGUUGGCUUAGAGGCCUAAUGAUAAUAAGAUCAUUUAUUCUUUGUCGGGCAUUGUAUUUUCCAAAUCCUUUUCUCUGAAUCAAUAGUGAUGAAUAUAAUCUCACAUUCUUUUAGAUUUGCUUCGUGCUUUUGUGAUUUUCAAAGCAUUUCCAUAAGCAUUAUCCCUUUUUUUUUCCUUGACAAGUAUUUAUGGAAAGCCUCCCACGUACCAACCGCAGGGUUGGGUGCAGGGGAUCUAAGACAAAUAAAGUUGGGGGCCUCAUAAAGUAGAAAAUCUAAUGAGGGUGUCAGCUUCAUAAACAAAUGACCAUAGUAACACAAAGUGCUAUAAUAGAGGCAUUUCCAAGUGCCCUGUUGAAGACAAUCAGGGAAGAUGCCAAAAAAGGGAUACACGUCUACCCAGAGGAACAGCAGAAUCGGCCUGGUGUGUCAGCAGCAGAAGACCUUUCCACCAGCUGGACGUGUGUUCUUUACCUUUUAUAGAAAUGGGAACCGCGUCCCAAAGAGGAGGUUAUCAUAGGAAACCUCAUGCCAACCUGGUCCUGUACCUUAUCCACAGAGAUCCUAUGAACUGUGUGUCAUUGUUAGCUUUCAUUUAUGGAAAAAUUGGGCACAGAGAGGACAAAUAAGUUACUCAGCCUUAAGUGUGAAGUCAGGACUGGAAGGCAUUAAGUUUAUUUCCCUGUAACAGUAGACAGUCUCUCAAAGAAAUGAGGGGGUAAGUCUUGAGGAAGACUCUAGCUCUAAAAUCCCGUGUUUCGGGAUUGUUGGGCACAGAUUAUCAUUUGAAUUUCAUGUGUGAAUGUCUGUCUGUUACUGGAGGGAUUUAAAGUCCAUGUAUUAUACUCUUAUAAUCGGAACUGCUGCUAACGCGUGAUGUUCUACUCAGGGACAACGUAUAAUGUCAGAGUACAAGUUUGUUCUGACCGACCUCCUUUUGGAUUUCAUGAAGAAAGAAAAGCUGGUGAGAGACUAUGCAUAAGUCAGAGAUGGAAACUGCUAGUUCUAUAUAGCAUGAAAUGAAAACUGUUAAGCAGGCAGCUCAUUUGGUCGAUUAAACAGUCCUGGCUGGAUCUAGGGAGCCCUGGCUUAUUCGCCUGAUUUUCCACUAGCCUUUGCCUCUCCUGUCAUUCUGGUUUCCAUGGAAACUUGCUUCAGAAAAGCCAAGUAUAAGCUAUUUCAGAUGUGCAUACUUGUGUUUUCAUAGCACUUCUGGAAGAGCUACAAGACAGAGCUGGCCAGGAAGGUGAUGAGAACAUGUGGUAAGACAACUGGAAUGGUACAGAUCAGAUGGCAUUUGUCAGCUCAGUGGUUUUUCUUUGGGGUUAUUUUAAAAACUCUCCAUCGUUCACUACAGUGAAGGGUCUCUGAUCUGUACCUCCCAUGUGCAUUACAAACAUUUUGCAGAGCUGCUAAGUGUAUAAGUAUCCAAUGUGUGUGAUCAUCUCAUAUUUAAUUAAAUGCUAUGGAAUUCUC